AUGGAUAACUCGAUCGCUACAAGGUCUCGUAUCAAAUUCUGGUUCUUGUUUUUUCUUUUGUUUGUUUUUUGGUAUUUGUUAGUCUAUAGGGUUGAUUGGUUUCCACUUUCAACAUCGCGCCACCAAGUGAAUUCUGCCGUCUCAUUGGGUUCGGAUUCCAUUAAUGAAACGAAUUUACACGGAGAAGAUGUUAGUGUAAUUCCCCAUGCCAAUGAUGUAAUAAAGCACGACGAAAAAUCUGUAUACAACAUUUCGUCUGCAGAUAAUGAUACCAUCGAAGAUCUUGAGGGUCUUCAGAAAGAAUUGGAACCUUUAUUACAGCCACAAGAUGAUGAAAGAAAUCUGGGGAAAGGAUUAGAUAGAAAAGAGGUCGAUUUUUGCAAAGGCCGGUAUGUUUAUGUUCAUGAUUUGCCUAGUCGAUUCAACGAUGAUUUGCUUAAGCAAUGCAAGUCGUUAAACAAAUGGAGUGAUAUGUGCCAUUAUUUUGAGAAUGAUGGGCUUGGUUCUAGGCUAGGAAAUCCUCAAAGGCUUUUUUUAGGCUCUGGUUGGUUUGAGACUCAUCAAUUCUCUUUAGAAGUCAUAUUUCAUAACAGAAUUAAACAGUAUGAAUGCCUAACAAAUGACUCCUCAAAAGCUGCUGCUAUUUUCGUGCCAUAUUAUUCUGGGCUUGAUAUUGCGCGGUUUUUGUGGGAUCAGUAUAAUGUUUCUGUGAAAGAUUCGGAUUCGAGGGAUUUGGUUAAGUGGUUGAGGGGAAAACCCGAGUGGAGUGUGAUGGGCGGAAAGGAUCAUUUCUUGGUUGCGGGGCGAAUUACGUGGGAUUUUAGACGGGCAUUUGAUGAGGACUCUGGCUGGGGCAAUAAACUUAUGUUCUUACCAGAGUCCCAGAACAUGACGAUGUUAACUAUUGAAUCGAGCCCUUGGCACCGAAAUGAUUUUGCUAUACCAUAUCCUACAUAUUUUCAUCCUUCAAAUGACAAUGAAGUUAUUCAAUGGCAAAAUAAAAUGAGGAGACAGAAAAGGCACGCACUUUUUUGCUUUGCUGGUGCACCGCGCCCAAACAUGGAGGACUCAAUCCGAAGUGAGAUCAUGGAACAAUGCAAUGCAUUGAGGCGAAAAUGCAGAUUGCUAGAAUGCAAGAAUGACAAAAACAAGUGCAUGAAGCCAGUUCAUGUCAUGAAAUUGUUCCAAAAUUCCAUCUUUUGCUUGCAGCCUUCAGGGGAUUCGUUCACCAGGCGAUCAACAUUUGAUUCAAUUUUAGCAGGCUGCAUUCCGGUUUUCUUCAGUCCAGGUUCAGCUUAUGUCCAAUAUCUAUGGCAUCUCCCAAAAGAUUAUACUACCUAUUCAGUGCUCAUACCAGAGGAUGAUGUAAAACAGAAGAAAUCGAACAUUGACAAGAUAUUAUCUCAAAUUCCAGCAAAGAACAUAUCAGCAAUGAGAGAAGAGGUUAUAAAGCUAAUCCCAAAGGUAAUCUACAACGAUCCAAGGUCUCGACUGAAGAAGUUUCAAGAUGCAUUUGAUUUAACAAUAAAAGGAGUUAUUGACAGGGUAGAGACUUUGAGGAAAGAGGUUAGAGAGGGAAGGAAUUCGAGUACUGACUUUGAUGAAGAAAGUAGUUGGAAGUACUAUACUUUUGGUAAAACAGGAGUGCAUGAAUGGGAUAAUUUCUUUAGAAGAACAGAUAGAUAUUAA